AGUUAAGAACAUAGAGUAGAGUGAUUGGACUUACAAAGUGGUUGUCCUUUGUGAGUGUUUUCAUGAGUUGCUUCAGUUUCAUGUUGAAAACGCGGCAAACUAUAUCCGCACGAUCCUCUGCCCUCUGUCCAGGGAUAUAUUCUAGCAUUUUCCUUCUGGCCAAUUUGAGUUUGCACAUCACAUACAUUUCUGAAUAUAUCUGUUCGAAAAGUAUCUUGCUUGGAACGAAAGUAGUUUAGACGCUCCUCCUCAAUUGCAGUAUAUGCGUCUACGACAUAUUGUUGGGACAGUCUGCCUCCAAAUAAAUGUGUUACACCUUCAGUGAGCCGUUGCUGAAUGCGAUAAACAUAGAAUUCCUGCAUGGUCAUGAAUUUCCGGGUCACAUUCAAUCUGGAAUCGGGUUUAUAGAAGGUGUAACUGGUACUCUUGUUCCUUGUCUAUUUUCAUUCUGUCUUGCCAUGCGAAACACUUGUGCCAAGCAAUUUUCCUUGUCUAACAUAUGCAUAAUGACUACCACAAUGUCUGGAUCUAGUUUAGACUGUGGUUUGUCUUUUGUCAAUGAAUUGAUCCUGCUGUGUACUUCUGAAGAGUGGUCGUCAUACAUAUACAAUUGGAGGAAUUUAUGGGGUUUCUUACUUUGAGGCAUUAAUGAUCCUAUUUGAUGGCUUUAAUCCUUCGAGUUUGAUUCGUCCCUCCAUGCAGCAUAAUGAAAAGGUGGGUGGCCUGUUUUGAUAUCUGGAGUUAUUCAGUUCUUCUUUCCACAUUAUGGCAUGAUAAUGCUGGCAUAGCUCUGUUGGAUUUGACAAAGCCGUAUAUGUUAAUUCCCCACCUGUAUCUGUAUCAUGUAACAUGGAUAUUUGUUAUACUUGUGUCAUAACUGGGGUUUUUUAAAUUUCAAUAAAAACAUGCUUACUUUGCAGGUUUGAGUUUUUUACUCGGUCAGGUUCUUUACGUCGAUGGCCUGUUCAUUUGUGUACGUUAGGAUAUAAAUUUAAAUACUGUAUUAUUAGGAUGAAAGAGUGUAUACAAAAAUGGUAGCACCUUGUUUUCUUUCGUGGGAAGUGCUUGUAUGGCCUGUUCUGUCCAUUUCAUCUGUGGCCUGCCUUUUACGCUGAAUAAUAAGUUUGCGCCGCUUACGUGCUUCCGCUGGUGUUUGUAUGAAUUGGCAGUGUAGUCGUCCUCCAUGUUUGGAAAUCACGCCUGUAUGUUUUGCAUAUUGGUUGUGUGAUGUUUUUAGUAUGUAUGGAAUGUAUUGGGUUAUAUUUUUUUCAAUGCUUACAGGAAAUGUUUGCUAUCCAUAUUCCAUUUCAGUUACAAAUAAAUAAAGUUAUAAUCAGGGGUUGAAUAGUAGCAAUUAAUGUGUGUUUGAUUAUUAACUUUAUUUUAGUAUAGUCAUAUAAUAAGUAUAUUGUGGCUUUUAAAAUUCUUUCAGGUGUGCUCUCCUGUUAUUAUUUUUUAAAGUAGGGAUGAUGAUUGGUUGUAUCCUUCAUCUCAGAUAUGUGAUGAGACUGCAGCAGAGACGGCGAACAGCAUAGGCGUGCGUACAAUAUCCAAACUGUUAAAAAGGAACUAAAAUAGGCAAUUUAAAAUAUACAUAGAGAAGCUAAUUUUCUUAGUGAAUGUUUAUUUUUUUGUCAUUGAUGUGUUGAUGAGGUUUAAGUUGGAGUUGAAUAAUAAAUAUUUCAAUGAUCU